GCUUCUGCUCGUGAGCGCGCUGUCACUGACUGGGAGUCUCUGAGGAGACACAAAAUCAAGGAUUCAGAUUCCAGAGGGUGCGAUGGCGACCUUCCAGGAGUUCAUCCAGCAGAACGAGGACCGUGAUGGCGUCCGUUUCAGCUGGAACGUUUGGCCGUCCAGUCGUCUGGAAGCCACGCGUAUGGUUGUGCCGGUGGCCUCGCUGUUCACCCCGCUGAAAGAGCGUCCGGAUCUCCCCCCCAUUCAGUACGAGCCGGUGCUGUGCAGUCGGGCCACGUGCCGAGCUGUGCUCAAUCCUCUGUGUCAAGUGGAUUACAGAGCAAAACUCUGGGCAUGCAACUUCUGUUAUCAGAGAAAUCAGUUCCCACCAACCUAUGCUGGAAUAUCUGAAGUCAACCAGCCUGCUGAGCUACUUCCACAGUUUUCAACUAUUGAAUAUGUUGUCCAGCGUGGUCCACAAAUGCCCCUAAACUUCCUGUAUGUGGUGGACACGUGCAUGGAAGAUGAUGAUCUGCAGGCGCUGAAAGAGUCCCUUCAGAUGUCGCUCAGUCUGCUGCCCCCUACUGCCCUAGUGGGCCUCAUUACAUUUGGACGGAUGGUUCAGGUUCACGAGCUGGGCUGUGAAGGCAUCUCUAAGAGCUACGUUUUCAGAGGGACCAAAGACCUCAAUGCUAAGCAGCUCCAGGAGAUGCUUGGGUUAACUAAACCAGCUGCAGCCCAGGCAGGCCGAGGCCCACAGCAGCCUCAGGUUCCUCCAUCAAACAGGUUUCUCCAGCCGGUGCAGAAGAUAGAUAUGAAUCUGACAGAUUUGCUGGGUGAGCUGCAGAGAGACCCCUGGCCCGUCACUCAAGGAAAGCGUCCGCUGAGAUCACUCGGAGUGGCUCUUUCUAUUGCUGUUGGGCUCUUAGAGUGCACUUUCCCCAACACUGGCGCCCGUAUCAUGGCUUUUAUCGGUGGACCGGCCACUCAGGGUCCUGGCAUGGUGGUCGGAGAUGAGCUGAAAACACCUAUUAGAUCCUGGCAUGACAUCGAGAAAGACAAUGCCAAGUUUAUGAAGAAAGCCACUAAACACUACGAAGCUUUGGCCAAUCGCGCAGCUGCCAAUGGACACAUCAUUGAUAUUUAUGCGUGCGCUCUGGAUCAGACAGGAUUACUGGAAAUGAAGUGCUGCACCAACUAUACAGGGGGUUACAUGGUCAUGGCGGACUCUUUCAACACAUCUUUAUUCAAGCAAACUUUCCAGAGAGUUUUCACCAAGGACGUGCAGGGCUGCUUUAAAAUGGCAUUAGCAGGGACUCUGGAGAUUAAGACUUCUAGAGAGAUCAAAAUUUCUGGUGCAAUCGGCCCAUGCGUCUCUCUGAACGCUAAAGGACCCUGCGUGUCAGAAAAUGAAAUGGGAACUGGUGGCACAAGCCAGUGGAAAAUUUGUGGACUGGACCCAAAUACCACCCUCGGAUUCUACUUUGAGGUCGUGAAUCAGCACAAUGCUCCUAUCCCACAAGGUGGACGUGGAGCAAUACAGUAUGUAACGCAGUAUCAGCAUUCUAGCGGACAGAGGCGCAUCAGAGUGACCACCAUUGCAAGAAACUGGGCAGAUGCUCAGUCUCAGAUCCAGAGCAUCGCUGCAUCUUUUGACCAAGAGGCCGCUGCUAUCUUAAUGGCCCGUCUUGCUGUGUACAAGGCAGAGACGGAGGAGGGCCCGGAUGUUUUGCGCUGGUUGGACAGACAGCUCAUCCGCUUGUGCCAGAAGUUUGGAGAUUAUCAUAAAGAAGAUCCCAACUCUUUCCGUUUCUCCGAGACGUUCUCGCUGUAUCCUCAGUUUAUGUUCCAUCUGAGGAGGUCGCCGUUCCUGCAAGUGUUCAACAACAGUCCUGAUGAAAGCACCUAUUACAGGCAUCAAUUCAUGAGGCAGGACCUGACCCAGUCUCUGAUAAUGGUACAGCCCAUUCUGUAUGCUUACUCCUUCAACGGACCGCCAGAGCCUGUGUUGCUGGACAGCAGCAGUAUCUUGCCCGACCGCAUCCUCCUCAUGGACACUUUCUUCCAGAUUCUGAUUUACCACGGAGAGACUGUGUCUCAGUGGCGUAAAGCCGGGUACCAGGACAUGCCCGAGUAUGAGAACUUCCGCCACCUGCUUCAGGCUCCAGUCGAUGAUGCUCAGGAGCUUCUACACACUCGUUUCCCCAUGCCACGCUACAUCGACACUGAGCACGGCGGCAGUCAGGCUCGUUUCCUCCUCUCCAAAGUCAAUCCUUCUCAGACUCACAACAACAUGUAUGCAUGGGGUCAGGAGUCUGGCGCACCCAUUCUGACAGACGACGUGAGUCUUCAGGUGUUUAUGGAUCAUCUGAAAAAGCUGGCGGUCUCUAGCGCCGCAUAAAAGCUUUCUCUCAUCAGUAACACACAGCCAGCAGGGUCACAUUGGUACUGCCCUCAGUUUUUUUUCCUAUUUACAUCAUGCAUAAAUGGAGCACAGAUUUCAGAAGAGAGACUGAAUCGAUCGGGAAGGAGCGUAUGAUUCGUAAUGAUCAUUGCGAGGCUGUGUGUCAUAACACUACAUCAUGGCAAGAUGUUUGUUACUGUUAAUCAGAGAAACAGCUGUGUUAUUUAGCUGUGUGACGAGGGUUAGUUCACACUAAAUGAAAACGUACUCAUCCUCAAGUGGUUAUAAACCUUUCUGUCGAACAGCUGAAAACCUGUAACCAUUGACUCCUUUGUAGUAGGAAAAACAAAAACUAUGGAAGUUUUUUUAUCUAAAUAUCUUAUUUUGUGUUUUACAGAAGAAGAGAAACUUAGUUUUAAACAAGUAAAUGGUGAGGUAAAUGACAAUGUUUAUUUUUGGGUGAGGUAUCCACUAUUUAAAGAAAUAGUUUACAUAAAAAAAUGAAUAUUUAGUUGAUAACUUUCACACUAAAAGAACAUUUACUCACGAUUUACUCAUCUUAAAGUGGUUAUAAAUCUGAGUUUCUUUCUUCUGUUGAACACUGAAGACGAUAUUUUGAAGAAAGCUGAAAACCUGUAACCAUUGAACUCAAUAAUAGAAAAACAAAUAGAAUGGGAGUCAAUGGUUACAGGUUUUCAACAUUUUUCAAAAUAUCUUCUUUUGUGUUUAACAAAAAAAAAAAGUUUGCAGCAAGGAAUGGGUGAGGUAAAUGACAGAAUGUUAAUUUCUGUGUGUGGUAUCCACUAUUUAAAGAAAUAGUUUACAUAAAAAAUGAUAAUUUAGUUGAUAUUUUCUCACUAAAAGAACAUUUACUCACUAUUUACCCAUACUCAGGUGUUCAUAAAUUUAAGUUCUUCCUUCUGUUGAACACUGUAGAAGAUAUAUUUUGAAGAAAACAAUUGACUUCCAUAGUAUUUGUUUUUCCUACAAUGGAAUGGUUACAGGUUUUAAGCAUUUUUCUAAAUAUCUUUUUUUUUUUGUGUGUUUUAACAGAGGAAAAAGUAAAUGAUGAACAUUUUUGUUUCUGGAUGAACUAUCUAUUUAAAGAAAUGGUUUACACAAAAAAAGAGAUUAUUUAGUUGAUAUUUUCACACUAAAUGAAAAUUCUCUUACUAUUUACUCAGUUUCUUUCUUCUGUUCAACACUAAAGAUAUUUUAAAGAAUGUUGAAAACCAGUAAUGAUUGACUCUUCUAUAAUAGAAAAAAAAAUACAAUGUGAGUCAAUGGUUACAGAUUUUCAGCAUUUUUCUAAAUAUAUUCUUUUGUGUUUUACAGAAGAAAGAAACUCAUAGAAGUUUGAAACAAGUAAACAAUGGCAGAAUGUUCAUUUUGGGUGAAGUAUUCAAUAUUUAAAAAAAUAGUUGAACACUAAAGAUAUUUUGAAGAAAGCUGAAAAUCUGUAACCAUUGACUUCCAUAGUGGGACAAAACAAAUACCAUGAAAGUCAGUGGUUACAUGUUUUCAGCAUUUUUCUAAAUAUCUUCAUUUUUUGUUUUAACAGAGAAAAAUAAACUCAUAAAAGUUUGCAACAAGGGCGAAUAAAUGAUGACAAUUUUCGCUUCCGGGUAAACUAUCUAUUUAAAGAAAUGGUUUACAGAAAAAAAUCAUUAUUUAGUUAAUAUUUUUACACUCAAUGAAAAUUCACUCACGAUUUACUCAUCCACAAGUGGUUAUAAAUCUGUCUUCUGUUGAACACUGAAGAAGAUAUUUUGAAGAAAACUAGAAACUAUUGACUUCCACAGCAGGAAAAACAAAUACUAUGGGAGUCAAUGGUUACAGGUUUUCAGUAUUUUUCUAAAUAUCUUCUUUAGUGUUUUACAGAAGAAAGAAACUUGUAAAAGUUUAAACAAGUAAAUGAUGACAGAAUUUUCAUUUAUGGGUGAACUAUUCAUUUAAAGAAAUAAUUUACACCCACACAAAGUAUUUUGUUGAUAUUUCCACACUAAACAAAAAUUAAUUACAAUUUCCUCAUCCUCAAGUAGUUAUAAAGUUGAGUUUCUAUCUUCUGUUCAACACUGAAGAAGAUAUUUUGAAGAAAGCUGAAAACCAGUAACCAGUGACUCCUCUGUAGGUAAAACAAACACUAUGGGAGUCAAUGGUUACAGAUCUUCAACAUUUUUCAAAAUAUCUUCUUUUGUGUUAAACAGAAGAAACUCAAAGUUUGCAACAAGUGAAUUAACAAUAUAAUUUUCAUUUUUGUGAACUAUCCCUUCAAAGAAAUAGUUUACACACAAAAAAGAUUUAGUUGAUAUUUACUUACCCUCAUGCUAUUCCAAAUUGUACACAAACCACUAUUUCUUAAUAAUUAUUUACACAAACAUAUGUCUUAUGCUUUAUUUCUGAGUUUUUAAAGUCAUUUAACUGAUUGGUUUGCCUCUGAAAUUUGGAAACUGGCACAUUGGUUUCAUUUUAUGCACCUAUUUUGAGUGAACUAGACAUGCGUUUUCUAAAUUACAACUUACAAAGGUAUCAUUCAGCUUUAAAAAAAACUGGAAUUUAUUGCAUAUUUAUCAAGUUUGUGCUUCUUUAAUAUAGCAAAAGCCAAAAACUGUUCUUUAGAAGCUGUUACUGUGGGUUUUAGUGAAACCAAAAUUGCAGCACGUGGAUUUGGAACAGCAUGAGGGAGAGUAACUAUUAUUGUUCUUAUUUGGGCUGAAUUGUAGCUUUGAAUCUGAUGUUCAUGCAUAUGAAGCUCUGUGAUGAGACCUGAUGUUGAACAGAGAGAGGAAACCGUUUUUUAAGCACACCUGCAGCAGAUACUUUUGUUUGCCUAUAGUGGAGGAAGGUGAACGCAGUGCCAUUGUAGCCAAUUAAGCAUGAGAGCUGGAACGCCGCCUCUAGCCAGCAGUGCAGAACAAUGGCUUAUUUUUAGACGCUGUCUCUCGUCUCGCUGAAUGUUGAAGGUUCGUUUCAGCGCAGGGUUGAGCGCUCGAUUCCAAACACAGACUUGCGGAAUUUGUACGCUGCCUUUCUGUCUGUCGCUCUGAUAUUUAUAAGCCAUUUCUAGCAGUAUUGUAUGUUUUGUUUCUAAUAAAACCGGCUUCGUGAUCCCAGCUGGUCGGCUGAGUUCUGAAACUA